CCACCCUCCACCCCCGUCCUCCGGUGCAGCUGGAGGAUGCGCUCAGCAGUGCGCAUAUCGGCGGACAUGCACCUGCACAUGCACGAACCCGGGCCCUGCACCCGGACGGAGACUCGGCUGUCUCCGGACUGAUGCUCUGGUCGGUGGGAUACGGGCGGUGCGGGAUGGGCGUGGGCGCGAGGCAGAACCAGAACCAUGUCAUUUCACGGCCAUUGUCCGGACGGUUGGGGGGAUCGAGCAGAUUUCCUGGGCUGAUCGGGGAUCGGUGUGUCUUGUUCUCUCUAAUCCAUUAACGCUGCACUUUCCUUCCCCACCGGGAGCUCGGAGCCAUGGAGAAGUCCAAAAGCGCCGAGUGUCCGGCGGAGGACGUCUCAAAGAUCCCGGAUGAGGAGCUGCUGAGGCGGAGUAAAGAGGAUCUGGUUCGGCGGCUCCGGAGGGCGGAGGCAGAGCGGAGGAGCGUGAUCCUGGAGCACGGAAACUUAAUGCGGGAGGUGAACCGGAGACUGCAGCUGCACCUGGACGAGAUCCGGAGCCUGAAGGACGUGAACCAGAAACUGCAGGAGGACAACCAGGAGCUGCGGGACCUGUGCUGCUUUCUAGAUGAUGACCGUCAGAAGGGGAAGCGGGUUUCCAGGGAGUGGCAGCGUUUGGGUCGGGUCAGCGCCAGUCUGAUGAGGAAGGAGGUGUCUGUUUACCUGCAAAAGCUCAAGGAGCUGGAGCAGCGGCAGCUGGAGGUCAUCCAAGAAAACCUGGAGCUGAGGGAGGUGUGUCUGAUGCUGGAGGAGGAGCAUGCCAGGGGGGGAGGUGGGGGAGACCUCGGCUGCAGGAGCUCCAUAGACAGCUUGAACCAGCUUGGGGGAGGUGGGCCCACUCCCGGCCUGCUGAGGGAUGUGGGUGAUGGGAGCAGUACCUCCAGCGCUGGGAGCACGAACAGCCCUGAUACCCAGAAACCCCCUCCUCUCGGCUCUUGCACCAGCCCAGCAUCUGGAGCCGGGUCCAGGUAUGCUUCCGAUCAGAACAGAGAUGCAUGUGACCCCAUCGGGAAGAAGCACAGCUCCACUCUGGAAUACCACACCUUCCCACAGUCCUGCUGCCUCCGAGGGGGCUCCCUCACACACCUGGACCCCCACAGCCCUGAUAAACCUUUGAACAGGUCGACCCGUGACCCUCCUCCCAAAACCUGCAGCUCUAACCUACUCGCUCAGAAACAGCGGCUGGUGUCAGGACCACACGAGAAGGGCUCUGCUAAGUCCAGUCCAGAACUGAGUCCGAGGCAGAAGCACGGUAGCAUGGUGGGGGCUUGCUGUGAGAGUCCAGAGUCCAAGCAGCCGGUACCAAGGACCCCGGACCUGCUGAGGAAGGGUCAGGCCGUGCUUGGAAGUCCUGAAUGUAUGCACCACCAUUACCAUCAGCACAGCCCGAGAACGGACCACAAGGGGAGGACCAAGAAGGACGGGGGACAGAGGAGGGCCGUGGGAGAGGACAUGACCCCCCACCACCAGAGUCUGUACACCGCUCUGGUUUCUGCUGGCUGCUGCACUGGUUCCUGUCGGAGUGUGAAGCUUUGGGACAGCUUUGAUGCUUCCUGACCAGGAAACACCUCUUGAUGCUGAUGUGACACCCUUUCAGCCCCACCCACUACCACGACAGCCUCCAUCACCAUCAGCCAUCACAAACUGCCACUUCCAUCUCCACCACCCGGCAUCAGAAUGAGCAGACAGGUGAAACCCACAUCCUGCCCUAUUAGCUGCUGUUGCUACUGCUGCUAUGCAUCUCAACCAGGAACCCUGAAAGUCAGCAACCCCGGGUCUGGCCCAAACGAAGGGCCUGACUGAAGGUCUCUGACCACUCAGAGUUGCCAGUAAUGUAAUCCUACCUCUGACAGAUGGAAGUGCUGCAAAUGAAAGGAAGCUCACAACCAGGAACACCUGGAACAGAUGAUGAUACCAGCAAUUCAGGGUCGUUCCCAACAUUUACUGCAGUUUAAUAACUUCAGAUUUUGGUGACUGUGGUGUUUAAUUACAGCAUUUAUAUCAGAUCUAAAGUUAUUUAUGCUGUUUUAAAUGAUAAAACCACAAAAAUAUGAUGGGAUUUAAAGACCAAGUUCACUGACAAAUCGUUUUUUACUUGUUAAUUUUGAAACCCUGGAAUAGUCUCCUACACCUACCUCCUGCAUUAGCUUCUGAUAGAAAACAGACGGUGAAACUCAAGCAUUAGAAAAUCCUGACAGAUCUACGUCACACUGUCACUAACAUUCAUGGAUUCACCCAUCUUGGCUCACGACGGGGAAGGCUGUUGUUGGUUUAGCGUCCAGGAAACAGCAGAGAACGUCUGGGCUAGUAGAAGCUAACAGUUAGCAUUAGCAACUCCACCACACAGCAGAACUCCUCCAGGCUUGUGCUAUUUGUGGAGAUAAAACAUCAACGUUUCAGAGCGGUGAUAGAGCUGUGUUGCUGUUAGCCAAUCAGAGGAGAGAUGCCCACACAUCAGGAAAUUGGUCUCCAAAUCCUGUCGUCCUCUGCUUUGACUAACUUCUACUUCCUGAAACAGGAGUGCCAGAGCUGUUUUCCCUCAGAGAUUGACUCACACGACAUUCAUUUCUACCAGAGACCACUCCAGGUGUGUUGAACUUGGUCUUUAAAUGCUUGAAAGUUUCCCUCAAACCAGUUUUACGAAAGUAACAAAUUUGUGAUUCAAAGGAGGAAUUGAAGUUUCUUUUGAGCAUAAAUGAACUGUUUACUUACGUCACUUCUUGAAUGUGUCUGAAAAGUGCAUUUGACUUUGAUAAAGCUUAAAGUGCCCGAAUUUUAAGGGAAGUUUGUCUGAGAGUGGACACCACAGACUGAGAGCCGUGGAAGAGCUGAAGCAUCAAACAAAAAUCUUUAAAUCUCUGCUCCUACAGAGACACACGGGUUUAUUGUUGAAGGUCAAACUGGAAGUUCAGGAAAAACGGAUGAUCCGGUGUGUGAAUUCCCCUCUGGAUAACGUGAUCGGGAGCAUCUGUUAACGGGAUGUUUGGAUGUGAAAAGAUUUAAUGCUUGAGAUGAAACAAACACAACGUUAUUAAUAUAUACAAGCAGAUGUUUCUCCUCUGUGGACGUGAGAAAUCCCUCUCAUCAUGUGAGUUUUUGCUCAGAUUUGAUGAAACAAGUAGAAACUCUACAAUGUCAUGAAAUACCUAUAUGUUUCUAAAGGUAGUCCAGCAGCCUGAUCGUAUACCUAAUGACUGCUUCUUGGUAUUAUAAAAGUAAUAAUUAUAUCCACAGAUUUAUGUAACCCUAGCCCAAGAUAAACUAAUAAAGUCUCUUUAAGUGAAGAA